UAUAACAUAACUAUAUUACUUUAAAAGAAAAAAUAGUGCUGCACUGCACAUAUAAAAAGUCUCUAUACAAAUAAAAAAAAAAAAGGAAAUAAAGAGCGCCUAAUACUACAUAAGCAGCAUUAUAAUAAACCCUUUGAAAAAAAAAAAAACAUAUAUACUGCAUAAAAAAGGAAAAAAAGAGUGCUUAAUACUACAUAAGCAGCAUUAUAAGAAACAUUUUUAAAAAAACAUAUAUACAGAAUAAAAAAGGCAAAAAAAGAGCCUAAUACUACAUAAGCAGCAUUAUAAUAAAAUCUUUGAAAAAAACACAUAUAUACUGCAUAAAAAAGGCAAUAAAGAGUGCCUAAUACUACAUAAGCUGAAUUUUAAUCAACCUUUUUAACAAAAGAUAUAAAAACAUAUAUACUGCAUAAAAAAAGUGUCUUAAAAAAAGGACAUAAUACAAAAAAAAGAGUGUUUAAAACAAAGUAAAGAGUGACAAACACGCCUAAUGUCUACAACAAAAUAAAGAGUGCCUAAGACUGCAUGAACAAAAAUUAAGACUGCAAAAAACAAAGUUACUCAUAAGCAGCAUUAUAUAUAUACUGUAUAAAAAACCCCAUAAAGAGUGCCUAAUACUAUAAACCAUAAAAAAACAUAUAUACUGCAUAAAAAAAAAGUGUAUAAAAAAAGUGCAUAGUCCUAGAGUGUUUAAAACAAAGUAAAGAGUGACAAACACGCCUAAUAAAGAGUGACUAAGACUGCAUGAAAACAAAAUAAAACUGCCAAAAACAAAAGAAAAAGUGUAUUGUCUAAAAAAAACAAAUUUGCCUAAUACAAAAUAAAGACUAUCUAAAAAAAUAAAGACUGUCGAUAUUAAAAAAAGAGAGUGCCUAAAAAAAAAGGGAAAUAAAGAGACUGCCUAAAACAAAUAAAGAGACAGCAAUAAACAGCAUAAAAAAGGCAAUAAAGAGUGCCUAAUACUACAUAAGCAGCAUAAACACGCCUAAUGUCUACAACAAAAUAAAGAGUGCCUAAGACUGCAUUAAAAAAAAAUAACACUGCCAAAAACAAAAUAAAAAGUGUAUAAAACAAAGUAAAGAGUGCCUAAGACUUUGUUAAACAAAAUAAAGAUUGUCUAAAAAAAAAAAAUUUGCCUAACAUUGCCUAAUACAAAAUAAACACUGCCGAUAUAACAAAGAGAGUGCCUAAAAGACUGCCUAAAACAAAUAAAGACACUGCAUAAACAGCAUAAAAAAGGCAAUAAAGAGUGCCUAAUACUACAUAAGCAGCAUUAUAACAAAUUUAUAAAAAAAAAAACAUAUAUACAACAUAAAAAAGGCAAUAAAGAGUGCCUAAUACUACAUAAGCAGCAUUAUAACAAACCGAUUUAAAAAAACAUAUAUACAGCAUAAAAAAGGCAAUAAAGAGUGCCUAAUAAGAAUAAACCUUAAAAAACAUAUAUACUGCAUAAAAAAAAGUGACUACAAAGAAGUGCAUAAAAAAAAAAAAGAGUCUUUAAAACAAACUAAAGAGUGCUGCAUAAAAAUAAAAAUAGAAGAAUGCCUCCUAAAAGAAUUUUAACACAGGAAGAUGCAGAAAACGUUAAACGCAGAAGAAAAGAAACUCAACGUAUACGACGGACACAUAUGACUGAACAACAAAGGGUAACUCUACGCAAAAAGGAUUCUUCAAAAAAACGGAUUUGUAGGGCCAAUAUGACUGCUCAGGAAAAAUGUCUCCAACUGGACAUGCAAAGAUCACGUUCUGCUGCACGUAGAAAAAAAAAAAAAAAUAGUACUAACAUCAACCAUUCAUUAUUUAAUGAAGACAAUGUCCCGAUGCACACAUGUGGUCAACUUAAUGUUUAUUGCAAAUUUUGCAUGGCAAAGCAUUUUCCAGAGGAACAACCAAGCGAUAAGCUUUUUAAUAAAUGCUGCAAUAAAGGAAAAAUAACAUUACCUCAUAUACAAAUUUCACCACUGAUCCAACAACUAAUGACUGGACAACACACACAUUCAAAGAAUUUUAUGCAAAAUAUCCGUUCUAUAAAUAGUGCAUUGGCGUUUGCAUCAAUGGGAGCAAACAUUGCACCACCUCCAGGAUAUGGCCCAUACUGUUUUAGAAUAAAUGGCCAAAUUUAUCACCGAUCUGGUGCUUUGCAUCCAGAAAAUGAUGAUCAACGCAAAUUUGCACAACUCUACAUUUUGAGUCCUGAGGAAGCUGCGGACCAACGAGCAGCACUAAAAGAAAAUUCAGGAUGUCACAUUGAACUUUUGAGGGAGUUAAGUUCAUAUAUGUCUCAGUAUAACCCUUUUGCAAAAGCAUGUAAAAUGCUCUAUGAGGUAGAGCAAGAAUGCAUCCAUGAAGCAUCUUUAAAUGGAGUUCAAAAUUCUAAAGUUUCAAUGGUAAUUCUGCAGGACAGAACAUCAGAUUACCGAAGAUAUAACGUACAAAGAGUUAAUGAGGUUGCUGUUAUUUUCCAAAAUUCUGAUGGUGAACCUCCUCUUGAACGUGACCUUCUUAUUCAUUGCCGAUCUACAGAUCAAACAAAAAAAACUGAAAGAAUAAGUGUUUUAGAUCCUAAUCUUGAACCAUUGCUGUAUCCUUUGUUGUUUCCAUAUGGGGACCAAAGUUGGGGUUCCAAUAUUGCUCUUAACUACAGGCCAACAUCAAUUAGUGAUGUACAAAGAAGAGUAACCACCAAUCCAAGGAUAAGAGUUAGCCAAAUGAAAUACUACUCUUACAGAAUUUCAAUUAGGGAUCAAUUCAAUCCUUUCCUUAGUGCUGGCAAGUUGACGCAGCAGUACUUUGUUGAUGCUUAUGUCAGGACUGAGGCCAACAGACUCAACUAUAUCCGUCAAAAUCAAUCUAAUCUUCCCAUUGAAAAAUAUACAGGAUUAAUGGAUUACAUUCAAAGUGAGGCUGCUGCACAGGGCCUGAUGCCUGGAAAAGCAGUUAUUUUGCCAUCAUCUUUUCAGGGAAGUCCACGAAAUAUGGCCCAAAACUACCAUGAUGCUAUGGCCAUUGUUAGAAAAUAUGGAAAACCGGAUUACUUCAUCACCAUGACCUGCAACCCUAAAUGGCCUGAGAUACUUGAUAACCUAUUAGAAGGUCAAGCAGUGGAGUUCAGACCAGAUUUGGUAGCAAGAGUUUUCAAUCUCAAAUUAAAUUCUCUUUUGAAUGAUAUCUUGAACAAACAUGUUCUUGGAAGUCCUUGCGCAAAAGUGCAUGUAAUAGAGUUUCAAAAAAGAGGAUUACCACAUGCUCAUAUCCUUUUAAUAUUGAAAGCCGAAGACAAGCCAAAUGAUGCUGAAACCAUUGACACUUUUAUAUCAGCUGAAAUUCCUGAUGAACAGAUUUAUCCAAGACUACAUGCUAUUGUAAUAAAGCAUAUGAUACACGGUCCAUGUGGAGAACAUAAUUUAAAUUCUCCAUGCAUGGUUGAUGGUAAUUGCAGCAAGAAUUUUCCAAAAAAUUUUCAAAAAGAAACUUUAAUUAAUGUUGAUGGAUAUCCGCGAUAUCGUAGACAAAAAAAUGACACCACUGUAAUUGUCAAAGGGAAAAAAAUUGACAACUCAUGGGUAGUUCCAUAUAGCCCAUACUUCUGCUUGAAAUACAACUGCCAUAUAAAUGUAGAGAGUUGUGUUUCUGUUAAAAGUGUUAAAUAUCUCUUCAAAUAUGUAUAUAAAGGUUACGAUUGUGCAAAUAUUUCCAUUAAGGAACAUAAUACACUACAGCAUGAUGAAAUUCAAAAUUUUUUGGACACAAGAUAUGUCAGUGCUCCUGAAGCUGUUUGGAGGUUGUAUGGUUUUUUGAUGCACCAUCAAACACAUACAAUAAUAAGACUUCAAGUUCAUCUUCCAGGCGAACAAGAUGUAUAUUUCCAUAAUGAAAACGUACAAUUAGCUGCAGAAAAGGCACAAGACAGGGAUACCACUUUGACAGCAUACUUUAAGUUGAAUGUGGAUAAUAAUGCGGCACGUGAACUUUUUUACUCUGACAUUCCUCAACAUUUUGUAUUUGAUGUAAAAAAACGUAAGUGGAAUCCAAGACAAAGAGGAGCAGAUACAACAAUUGGCAGAUUGUAUAAUGUAAAUAUUUCAUCAGAUUUGGAGAGAUUUUGUUUGAGGUUAUUGCUCUUGCACUUAAAAGGAGCAAUAUCCUUUAAGGACUUACGAACUGUUAAUGGACAAGUUUGUCACACAUUCAAAGAAGCUGCCCAAAAGCUUUCACUUUUAGAUGAAGACGCUACAUGGGAUCUUACACUUAACGAAUCAGCAUCUCAACAGAUGCCUAAACAAAUGAGGGAACUGUUUGCUUAUUUGUGUAUAUUUGUUGUCCCACCUAAUGUCCCACAACUCUUUGAAAAAUACAAACAUGAUCUUUAUGAAGAUUAUUCACGUCAUGAAGACCACAUUGAUGAUUGCAAAAGUUGCAAAAAUUUGGCAUUAACAGAUAUUCAAAAUGUUCUCAUAUUGCAUAGUAAACGUUGUGAAUAUUUUGGACUACCCAAUCCAUCAAACUUCAUUCCAGAAAUGCAAUUCAACUAUGUUACACACUUGGAAGCCCAAGUUGGAGCACAACUUCAAGAAGCAUUAAACAUCGAGCAAAAAGCUGCAUUUGACAAUGUAAUGUCUGCAAUUGAUAAUGAAAAUUUACCACACAGAUGUUUUUUUAUUGAUGGACCUGGUGGAAGUGGCAAGACUUAUUUAUAUAAAACAUUAUUGAGUACUUUACGUGGACGCACAGAUGGAGUUCUUCCUGUUGCCUCUACAGGAAUAGCAGCUAAUCUCCUUGAUGGUGGCAGAACUUACCAUUCACAGUUUAAGCUUCCAAUUCCAUUACUGGAAACAUCAACAUCAAAUAUGAGAAUGACUUCAAAAGAUGCAGAGUUCAUACGUAAUGCUAAAUUGAUUAUUUGGGAUGAGGCCUCAAUGACACCCGGUAUAGCUCUAAAAUGUGUAAAUAACCUUCUUCAGGAAAUUAUGCAGAACAAUAAGCCAUUUGGUGGAAAAGUUAUACUCCUUGGUGGAGACUUCAGACAAACACUCCCAGUUCUUCCUCAUUGCAAUAGAACUGCUAUUGUGGAAGCUACUAUAAAGUUCUAUGAUCACUGGGAUAAAUUUAACAUUUUAAAAUUGAAGAAUAAUGUGCGUUCAGUGGAUCCAGAAUUUAGCAAUUGGCUACUAAAAUUAGGACAGGGUUCAUUAAAUAAUUCAGAGGGCCUUCCUGAGGAUUUAGUUGAGAUCCCUUCCAAAUUAAUAUGCAAUGAUUGUAUCAUAUCUGAAAUUUUUGGAAAAAAAAUUCUUCCAUCUGAUCUUCACAGUUUUUCAAAAAAGGCCAUUUUGUGUACGAAAAAUUGUCAUGUUGAUCAAAUCAAUGAGCAUGUAUUAAAUAUACUCGAUGGUGAUGAAAAAAUAUAUCUGAGUUCAGAUUCAAUUGAUGAUCAGACAGAUGAAGAUGCACAAAACUAUCCCAUAGAGUUUCUAAACGAAUUAGCUCCAUCAGGAAUGCCUCUUCAUAAGUUAAAAAUAAAAUUGGGAAGUAUUAUUAUGUUGCUCAGAAAUCUGAACACAAAAAAAGGUCUGUGCAAUGGAACAAGAUUGAUAGUUAAAGAUCUUAAGCCAAAUCUAUUAAUUGCAGAAGUACUCACAGGAACAGCAAAAAAACAAAUGGUGUUUAUUCCGAGAAUAGAUUUAGCCCCUGCCAACACUGAACUACCAUUAAUUUUACGAAGGAGACAGUUUCCAAUCAAACUUGCAUUUGCAAUGACCAUCAACAAAUCACAAGACACGCUUACAAGCGAGGUGCAACAGUUUUCCUCCCGACUCACCCAAGCUGAAACCCGCAUUUCUGAUGUGGAAGACAGACAAGUCGCCUCAGCUACUACAAUCAAGCAACUGGUAAAGAAAACUCAAACACUCCAAGAUCGUAUAGACGACUUGGAGAAUAGAAGCCGUCAGAACAAUUUGCGCAUUGUGGGAGUCCCAGAGUCCAUCAAAGGCAAAGACCUGCUUGAAUUCACGGCACUCAAAUUGCCGAGGAUGCUGGGCAUACACCCUGAUAUACUACCCAUAGAUGUGGAGAGGGCCCAUCGUGUGGGUCCAGAGAGAGCCUUGGAUCAGACAGGAGCAAGACCUAGGCAGGACUUUUCUAUGGAUGUCUCCAGACAGAGGAAGGAAUUUGCCCCAAUAUGUACCCAGCUACAUGAACAGGGAAGGCAAGUGGCACUGCUGUUUCCUGCAAAGCUACGUCUUCAAACCCAAUAUGGCGUCAAGAUCUUUCACUCACCUCAGGCUGUGAGAAGCUACUUGGCCACUGAAAAUCAAAAUCAAUGUCCACCAACUUGA